CAGAGCUGCGCCAACGCUGAGAGAAACCAGAAGCACCUGCACUCUCUGUUGCCUCUUUUGGCACUACUUUUUUUCCCCCAUCUUCUUAUGAGACUGGUCAGUAUCUCUACCUCCUUGACUUCCGGCGCUGUUUUGUGAACUUUUUAUUUUUUCAUGUGCCUGUGAGUGAACACUUUGAAGAAUGUAUAACAUGAUGGAGACCGAGAUCAAGACCCCGCUCCCGCAGUCCAACACGGGCUCGGCGCCGGGCGCAAAGAACAACAGUGCCAGCGACGCGGAGCGCGUGAAGCGGCCGAUGAACGCCUUCAUGGUGUGGUCCAGGGGGCAGCGGAGGAAGAUGGCACAAGAGAACCCCAAAAUGCACAACUCUGAGAUCAGCAAGCGGCUCGGUGCGGACUGGAAACUUCUGACCGAUGCGGAGAAGAGACCGUUCAUCGACGAAGCCAAGCGUCUGCGCGCCAUGCACAUGAAGGAGCACCCGGAUUAUAAAUACCGUCCCCGCAGGAAGACCAAGACCUUGCUCAAGAAAGACAAGUACUCUUUGCCAGGGGGUCUCCUGGCGCCUGGGGCCAACGCCGUCAACAACUCGGUGUCUGUGGGGCAGAGGAUGGACGGUUACGCGCACAUGAACGGCUGGACGAACAGCGCGUACUCCCUCAUGCAGGACCAGUUGGCGUACCCGCAGCAUCACAGCAUGAACAGCCCGCAGAUCCAGCAGAUGCACCGGUACGAGAUGGCGGGGCUUCAGUACCCCAUGAUGUCCACGGCGCAGACCUACAUGAACGCGGCCUCCACGUACAGCAUGUCUCCGGCGUACACGCAGCAGACCCCCAGCGCCAUGGGACUCAGCUCCAUGGCAUCCGUGUGCAAGACCGAGCCCAGCUCCCCUCCUCCGGCUAUCACGUCCCACUCUCAGCGGGCGUGUUUGGGGGACCUGAGGGAUAUGAUAAGCAUGUACCUGCCGCCCGGCGGGGACAGCGCGGAGCACUCCUCCCUGCAGAGCAGCCGGUUACACAGCGUCCAUCCACACUACCAGAGCGCAGGGACGGGCGUCAACGGCACGCUACCUCUCACACACAUCUGAUCUGAGAGACUCCAAAAGACUUUGAAAAACUUCAAAAAAGUACUUCGGAUACUUGAACUUUUUUUGGUUGCUGUAGAAACAACGUUCAACAGUUUUGUUUGAUUGAAACAGUAAAAUCCUGACUUGUCCAUUUUGAGGAAUGGACCAGAGAGUGAGCGUUGGGCCCGUCAGAGUAAAGAGGCUUUUAUCACAAGUAUAAAGCAAUCAGACGUUAUGUAGAAGAAUUGGACUUCUAUAUUUUAAUGAAUGCCAUAUUUUCUCUGAUGAAAAGGCAUGUGGCCUCGUUCAGAGAGGCUGGUGUAUUUCAGAAAAGCUGGAUGGAUAAAAAAGUUGCUUCAUAAAUGUUUACACUUAAUUUGUAGAAUGUCAGUUGUCUCGACUGUGUCCAAAAUUUUUGUAGUCUUCUUGUUUUUUCUCCUCUUCCUCAUGAAAUUUAGGGUACAAAGAAAUGUUAAGACUGUGCGGGUCGCAAACGCAAGUUUUAUUUAUAGUAUGAUUUUUUUUUUUUCAUUUUAGCUUGUGAACCCGAUGUUUUGUCACGUGAAAAAAACUGUUAAAUAAUUUUUGUUUUUUUUGUAAAAGUUAUUUUCUGUGAUGGUUCUGACAGUGUCAUGUUUACUCAUUCUCCUGAACGAAAAGGUUUAUUUAAACUGACGUUUCUACAUAUUUUA